AAUAGAAACAAACAAAAACAAAUGGAGGGAGGUAGAUGGACAUGGUGAACUUGGUCGGCGAUGGAAAUAGAAUGUAUGGGUGGAGGAGGUGAAGAACGACGCGCGGACUAUUUCGAUGGAAAUAGAUUCGGAAAUGGAAAUUUUAAAUAGACCAGCUCGUCAGAGACAUGUAACUACGCACCGUUAAUAUUAAAAAAUAUAUCCUCGGCGGUGUGGGGUGUGAGGCAAGGGACAAACAAGCAGGCCAGGAAGGUUGACACAAGCGAUUAAAAUCGUUGUACUGCCACCCAAUUGCCAAUAUGACAGCUGCCAUUUCAUGACCCAUCAAAAAAUCGAUGACCGAAGUGAGUAUGGACCAGGGCACCGUUAAGAUUAUUGUGAAAUGGAGCGGCAAAGAAUACGAGUUGACCUUAGGUGAGCAGGAGACUGUCGGUGAACUGAAGAAAGCUAUACACAAGGAAACCGGCGUUCGCAGCGAUCGUCAAAAGUUACUUAACCUCAAAUUGAAAGGGAAAAGCCCCGAUGAUGACUGCCGUCUAUCCCACAUGAAGCUUAAGCAAGGCUUCAAGUUAAUGAUGAUGGGUUCCUUGGAAGAGGAUAUUGCUGAGGCCACUACAACCCCCACUUGCCUACCUGAAGUAGUAAAUGAUCUAGAUAUUGAAGAUGAAGAGGUGUCUGUAGUGAAUGAAGAUGUCUACCUGGCGAAAAUCCAGAAGAGAGUUAAAGAAUACAAAAUUAAGAUGUUAAAUGAGCCUAGAGAGAACAAGAAGUUGCUUGUGCUGGAUAUUGAUUACACUUUGUUCGAUCACAGGUCUGCGGCUGAGCAGGGUGUUGAACUCAUGAGGCCUUACCUACAUGAAUUCCUCAAAUCUGCUUACGAGGAUUAUGAUAUAGUCAUUUGGUCUGCUACAGGCAUGAAGUGGAUUGAGGAAAAAAUGAAACUGCUUGGAGUUUCCACUCAUCCAGACUACAAAAUAAUCUUCUAUCUAGACUCAGCUGCCAUGAUCUCAGUAUUCACCACCAGAUACGGAGUAGUCGAUGUGAAACCGUUAGGCGUGAUUUGGGGAAAGUUUGAGCAGUUCACGUCAAAGAACACGAUCAUGUUCGAUGAUAUCCGAAGAAAUUUCAUCAUGAACCCAAAGAACGGGCUCCGGAUAAGGGCCUUCCGUCAGGCUCAUCUCAAUCGAGAAAACGAUAAAGAGUUGCUCUACCUUUCCAGAUACCUCAGGGAUCUGGCUAAGAACUGCGACGACUUCACCAAAGUUGAUCAUAGGGAUUGGGACAGAUAUAGACCGAAUAGUCUCUGAACUAAGCUUGCUAAUUUGAAAGACAACUGCUAAAGAAAAAACAUUAUAAGAAAUAU